UUUCUCUUGUAACGCCUCUAAUCUUCGGCACAUAUAUAGGCUAUGACCUUAUUGUGCUGUAAAACACUAAAAAAAAAGAAGAUAAUUUUAGGCUUUAUAAUUAUGCUAAUUUGCAAGCUAUUUUCCACUUUUAAUUAUUAAAUUUACUGAAGGUGUUUAAAACUGAUUUUUCAAGGUAUUGUUUUUUCUUUAUUCAUAUAUAUUUGUUUUUCAGCUAGGCUACAUAGUCAUGAGAUACCAAGAGACUUACUGAGUGUAUGACGGAAAAAAAAUCAUCUGUGUAUGAACUGUGAAAUGCACAAACGCAUGUCAUGUAUGAUUGGAAAAAUGUCACAUGAUUACAGUCACAGUUCUUCUUGGCUGCAAAAUGAUCAUUCUUACAGUGUGCUAUCAGGUACGCGAGGGCCAAAUGUACAAACUCAUGACUCUUGGGGAAAGUUUGAUAAGAUUAUUGCAACUUUCUUGACUGAACAAAAAAUUCCAGGAGCCAGUGUUGCCAUAGCAAGAGAUGGUGUAAUUUUAUAUCAGCAAGGAUAUGGCACAGCAGGAGCAGGCCGAAGAGUGAGUGCGGAGUCCUUGUUUCGUAUUGCAAGCAUCAGUAAGCCCAUUACUGCUUGCAUGAUCUUGAAGGCCUUCGAUGAUCUUAAGAUGCCCUUAGACUCCAAAGUUUUUGGGAAGAAAGGAAUACUGAAGAAGUACAGAACAGGGGACAAGCGUGGCAAGACAAUUACCGUGCGACAUUUGCUCCAACACUCGGGUGGAUGGGACAGGGAACAGGUGGACGACAUUAUCUUCUCUCGGCCGCCGUGUGUGGAGAAAGAACAUCCCGGCACCGCCGGCUACAACCACGCCAUUCUGACUUACGCUCUGAGGAGAAAACUGCAGUUUACACCCGGUAAACGACAUGCGUACUCCAACUUGGGUUAUCUGAUACUUGGUGAGGUGUUGGAGGAGGUGACAGGGCAGAAGUUUGGGGACUACAUGAAAGACUUCCUCCGACCCACUGGCAUAGAAGACAUUGAAGUUGGCAGGGCCUCCAGGACUUGCUGGAGGAGUGAUGAAGUUGAGUAUUACAACAACAGAUCACCAGACUUGGUGAAGUCCAUUUUCCCUGGUUUUGGUGAGGUGAUCCCACAGUAUGGAGGACUGGCUAUGGAGAGUGCGGCUUCCUAUGGAGGGCUUAUCUCCAACACACGGAACCUGCUCCAGUUUCUCCACAGCUUUCAUCUUUCAACAUCUCGUCAAAAGUCGAAUGUCAGUGCAUGUGACAAACGUAGGAAAGAUUUGUGUUUGGAAGACAAGUCGGAAAACAGUUGCAAUGAAACUGACCUCACUGUGAAGAAGGGUAAUGGAAAUGAUGCUGAAAAAUCUUGUGCAUUUUCAUCGUGUGAGUCAAUUUCUCGAGGUUCAGAAUCUCCUAACUGCCAAGUUUCUUGCAAUUCGGUAUACAGUGUGAGGAGCUAUAUUGGGAGUGAAAAGGAGGAUCAAAUCUCUUAUAUGUGCACAGAGAGACAUUUCCCCUCACAACAGAAUAUUUCUACUUUAGACCUCUCCACCGAUAGAAAACAUGAGGUAACCCCAGACAUUUCAUGUGAAGUUGUUAUUGACUCUAGUCCAACAUUUGAUGGAGAAAUAAGUGUGAAGCUCAAAGAAGAUUUUAACCAGAAAUGUUUGUGUGAACAUGCUUUUUUUGAUGAUCAAAGGAUUUUCCCUAGAGGGAUGGAUAAUUGUGAAAACAAUUCUAUUAAAACAUUUUCCGUAGAAGACUACAAGCCUUUGAAGGAUGUAGCAUUAUUGACCUAUGAGCGAGCUGAGGAGAGUUUGUCCCGCCCGUGUUUUGAGUCGGGUCACGACUGGUACGGUCUGGGCUGGGAUGUUCAGGAUGACGGCCAGUCGUUCGGCCACACGGGUGGCAUGGAAGGAACAUGCAGCAGCUUGUAUCGCCACCGCAGUGGCAUCAGCUGGGCCUUCUUGCUCAACGCCUGGGCCACGGACUGGGACCUGAACGGAAUCAUCAAGUGUGGCUUGUGUUUUGUGGACAAUGUGGACAUCUUUAGACCGUCGGUUUCCACCCUGAGUUUGCCCGGUGGCGGUGUGCAGAUCUCCACGAGUGAAGGAUCUCAGAUUAUUUUGAUAGAUGUUGAUAAGUGUACCGCUUUGAACGUUGUUGAGUCUUUUAAACAGAAGUCAUUUGUGCCUGUGUGGAUAAACAUGAUUUCUCAUAAUGUCUUUGAUUUUAAAUCUCAAGAAUUCCGAGGCAAAGUAGAUAGUGAUAACCUUAGGGAAAAAGAGACUGAGUUUGAGCAAGAAGUAAGAAAAAGAUACAUAAUAGUUUUAGACAGGAUCGUUCCAGAAGAAAAUUUCAUUGUAUUUUUAGAUGAAUCUCAAAGCAAGCUGGAAGACGCCUUGAACACACACUGUAACUUGAAUUACUCUAUUAGUUUUUUAGACUCUUUCCGAAGCACAGCAAAUGAUCUCAGAUUCUCAGCUGUUCUGAGAAUGGGAAAGGAUUUUCAGAAAAAUACUUACAUUCUCUCCACGAAGGCAGAGGAGUAUUUAAAGCAAGCUAAGCAGCUUAUUAAGACACACGAUUUCUUGUCGCAGUCCGUGACUGAAGUGAACGGUGAACUUUAUGUGAGUUCUUUGCUCACCAAAAAAGAAGAAAGAAAGAAAGUCAAAAGCGGCUGUAGCAGUGGCAGCGGCAAACCUGCCAGCCAUGACAGCAAAUCUGUCUUCUGGGUACAGAUAACUCCAGAAAAUUUUAUCACCGAGCUCAAUAACCAGAUCAAGAAGGGUCGAAGCCUUUCAUACGUCAAGUUCUAUUGUGCCGGCGGUAAGCCUUGGGUCAGUGGGUGCUGGCUGCCCGCAGGUCCCAGGGAUAGAUACCACCGGUCAGCUCUGUCCAAGUACGGGCUAGUGCCAGAGCUGUUGGAGGCCGCGGAGAAUAAUCUGACACUGCAGUGUUUGUCUGAGUAUUCAGAGGAGGAUGGCUCAGUGUACUAUGCUGCAUUCUGGUACGCUCCCUAGACUUAUGUGGUCAGUCGCUCUUGGUCUUGUCAAAAUACCGUUUUAUUAUUGAAGUAAUAUUAUUUUUUUUGUUUAGUCCCGUAUCGUGAUUCUGGUGCCGAUAUUUCUGUGUUACGAAAAAAUGUGCUUACGUGGUGCAAAUUGUUAUACUUCAAGAAAAACAAAACAAUAAAAAGGGGAAUUGAUUAGUCUGUGCUGAUGAUGCUGCUGAUGGUGGUAAUGAUGAUGAUGAUGAUGACCUUCCUCUCACCUUAAGGCUAUUCACAAACAAAUCCGUACACUGGACCAACUUAAAGUGAUAUCCCCCGAAACCCACAAGAGUAUUCUCCACGGUGAGGUAUCCUGCCCCCCACUUUUAUGGCCUCCCUAAGAUCCACAAACCAAACAAAGAAGGCUCAAUACUUCCUCCUUUUAGGGGCAUCAUUUCACAAAUCAGAGGCCCUACCACUAGAGCCUCCUACUGGCUAGACAGCAUCUUUAAACCCCUCGUCCCCGACUUCUGCGGCAACCAUUGGGUCAAGGACAACUUACAUGUCCUUCAAAAAAUUAAAACACUG